AUGCCCGAGCUAGCUGAGGUUGCACGGGUCGUCCACUACAUUCGCAAAUAUCUCGUGGGUAAAACCAUCACCAAAGUUCAUGUCCAAGAUGACCCUAUCGUCUUUGGUAAGGUGGGAACAACAGCUGCGGAGUUCCAAAAGCACAUGGAAGGAAAAUCGAUAGUGGAUACGGGACAACAGGGGAAAUAUUUCUGGAUGAUCAUGUCUUCCCCGCCUCAUCCCGUUAUGCAUUUUGGUAUGACUGGAUGGCUGAAGUUGAAAAAUGUCCAUACAUAUUACUAUAGAGCCCCAGCAUCCGACAAAGGGAACGACAGAGGGGAGGAACCGUGGCCGUCAAAAUUCUGGAAAUUUAUGCUUGAGCUUGAUGAUGAACCGAAGACUGAGGCUGCGUUUGUGGACGCGAGACGUCUUGGUCGUGUGCGAUUGGUCGAUUGUCCUGGUGCUGAUAUUAGGAAAUAUAGUCCUCUCAAGGAGAAUGGACCAGACCCCAUUGUGGAUAAGGAUAUCGUGACCUUGGAUUGGCUGAGAAAAAAAGUUUUGAGCAAAAGAGUGCCUAUUAAGGCGCUCCUGCUUGACCAAACCAAUAUCAGUGGAAUUGGGAAUUGGAUGGGAGACGAAUUGUUAUACCAUGCAAAAAUUCAUCCAGAACAAUACAGCAAUACCCUCCAGGAAAGCCAGAUCGAACAGCUCUACUCCGCGAUCAACUAUGUGUGCUCGACAUCGGUUGGUCUCUUGGGAAAUUCGGAGGAGUUCCCGUCCAAUUGGUUAUUCAGCCACCGGUGGAGCAAGGGUAAAACAAACCAUUCACAUAAACUUCCCAAUGGUGAAAAGAUUGUUUUUAUUACAGUUGGCGGUCGCACCAGUGCUAUAGUACCAGCUAUCCAGAAAAAGACAGGGCCCGUUGCGGGAGAUGUGGAAGAUGAGGCCAUGGAUGACAACAAUGAGCCCCCCAAAAAGAAGAGAGGAAUUGUUUCAAAGGAGAGUAAAUAUGUGGAAAAUGGUGAAACUCAUACUCCCGCGAAGAAACCUGCGAUGAAGAAGCCAAAAGAUGAACCAAAAAUAAAGGAGUCUAAGAGUAAGAAACAGACGGACGCUGCCCAAACGGAAGAGAACAAAACCCCAAAGAACCGUAGAUCCACAAGGUCAAGAAAGUAG